CAAGCCUCUUCUUCUUUACCAAUCUCUCAUAUCAGUAGAAAUAGUCAUCAUAUCAUAUCAAUAUCAAUAUCAUGAGCCUAUCUAGUAAAGCUCAAGAUCAACUUAACUCACAAUUCACUUCGAUUGAUGAGAUUCCAAAGAUCCAUCAAGAACUUCGCAAAGCUUUCUCAAAUCGAAUCACAAAAACUUUGGAAUGGAGAACUCAUCAAUUGAAGCAAUUGGGAUUUCUCUUGCAAGACAAUGAACAAUUGAUUGAGGAAGCACUUGCAAUCGAUUUAGGUAAGCCCAAAACAGAGAGUCAUAUAGGUGAACUAGUAGGCACUCGACAUGAGGUCCUUUAUGCUCUCAAUAAUGUCAAGUCUUGGAUGGAGCCUCAAUCUGUCAAGACCGAUCUUGCCUGGCUCGUGACCAAACCGAAAACGUUUCAUGAACCAAAAGGUGUGGUCUUGAUCUUUGGCACUUGGAAUUAUCCGAUCUCUCUUUCGAUCAUCCCCUUGGUCGGUGCAAUCGCCGGUGGGAACGCUGUGGUCUUGAAGCUCUCAGAGCAAGCCCCAGCGAUCGCCAAUCUACUCACCAAGCUCAUUCCCCAAUAUUUGGACAACAAUCAUAUUCGUGUUGUCAAUGGUGCUGCAGAUCAUUGUAAUGCACUCCUUGACCUCAAGUUCGAUCACAUCUUUUUCACCGGUUCUACUCAGGUCGGAAGAACUGUAGCUAAGCGAGCUGCAGAACACAUGACACCUGUCACCCUAGAAUUAGGUGGAAAAAGUCCAGCCAUUGUCUUUGACGAUGCAGACUUUCCCGUUAUUGCUCGUCGAUUGAUCUGGGGUAAAGGCAUGAAUGCUGGCCAGACCUGUGUUGCACCCGACUAUAUCUUGGUUUCCAAGAAGAGCGAAGCUAAAUUGAUAACCAGUCUAAAAAAGGCAAUGCAAGAGUUGUAUCCUCUAGACUCGGCCUCAGGCUUAUCGGCCAAAAAAAUAAUCAAUGCUUCAGGAAAAUCGGGAGAUGGACCAGAUGAUCUUCAAUAUAGUAAAAUCGUCAACCAAAACCAAUUCAACAGACUGAACAACGUGCUUCAAGAAACCAAAGGGGAAUUCAUCCCGACGGAUGAUACGUUUCAGGCAGGAACUAAGGAUUCCUCAGAUGCGCAAGAGCUGAAAAUGCCUCUGACUUUGGUCCGAAACUUGACCAUGGAGGACCCUGUGAUGCAAAACGAAAUCUUUGGUCCGAUUUUCCCUAUCCUCACUUACGAUCUUCAAUCCGAAUCGAUGGCCGAGAUCUUGCGCCCGAUUGCGGAUGCUGAACCAUUAGCUCUAUAUGUCUUUACUCAAUCUUCACAAAACUUUGAGCUUGUGAGACAACAUACGAAGUCGGGUCAGAUAAUGUGCAAUGACCUCUUGAUCCAAUUUGCGAUCCCAGGUUUGCCUUUUGGAGGAAUCGGUCAAUCAGGUUCUGGCAACUAUCAUGGUUACUAUUCGUUUUUAACAUUCACCUAUGAGCGAUCCUCCGCCAACCUUCCGACAUGGGCCGACUUCCUCUUCAAUGCUCGAUAUCCGCCUUAUACACCUUUCAAGCUCAAGCUUUUCUCUGCGAUCAUGGGACCAGCCCGGAUCAAGGGUAAAUCCAAUCCAGGAUUGGUACCGAAGAGUGCUGAAGUUGGUAAACGUUCAUGGUUGCCUACCUUAACCCCACUGAGCUUUUCAACUUUACUAUUGGCUGGAUAUUAUGCUUUGUCUCGUCGAUAUGGUUCGGAUUAUUUGAAGAUUUGGAUGACACGAUUUAUUGGAGCUAUUAAACAAUCCAAUCGCUGAUAUCUCAAGAUACCAUUGGAUUCUUGCUCGAAGAACUCGACUUCAAGACGCGAUUAACCCUCAGUCUCCUUGGUUCUCAACUCGCUUUUAUUUCGUAUUUCACCCUUAGCAAUUUAUCUCUUUGUCAACAUGCGAUUAUCAAGAUUAGUAAAGAUCAGUGAUUCAAAGUACUUAAAUACAAAAACCGGUAAAGUUUAAUUAGUAAUCAGUAUCAAGACUGAAUGGUUCAUUAGCUCGCUUUUAGUUCAUUAAUUACCCUCACUGAAACUCUCUUUGUCGACAUCCAAGCGAUAAAAGUCAGGCAAAAAACAGUGAUUCAAAAUGCUUUUAUACAAAUUUCAACAAAGUUUGAUGGUCAGUUAACCCUAGCGCUAAAUUGGUCUUCAACUUGCUUUUAUCUUUCCUUCAAAUCAAAUCUAACUCUGAAAAACAAACACAAAAAAUCAGUAAGUUUAAAUUUAGUGUUGCAAAGUAUGUUGAUGCAAAACAAUUGUUGUAAUGAUUAAAUUUUAAGGUCUUUUUUUGAGUUUGAAUUCCCAAAGACAUUAUAAUUCCAUACUGAUCGCUCGUGAUUGUAAUGUGACUUUAUUCCCUGUGACUAAAGAAACAUGAUUUCUGAUCAAAA